GUCAUCAGUAAUCAUUGAAUUAAACUGUUACAGGAGCAGGUGAAACUUAUUUCUCACUGAUAUAUAGAUACAAACGGAACAUACAGGUGAGCAUGUGGAGUUUCCUAGCGCAGGUGAACUGCUCCUCUGUGAAGUGACGUCAGAGGGAUGGGCAGGUCACGUGGUGGAGUCUAAAGGAAACCGCUGGUUUAAUGUUACUGAAAUGGGAGAGAAAAGGAGGAUAUUUAUCGAAGAGACGAAGGAACUACCAGCAUUCUCAUGUCCAAUGUAAGAGAUUUUUAUGGACACAGUGAGGGUGUCCGCAGGGCGCCACACUAUGACCAGGUUCCUGCAGACACCUUAUCCCACUCAGACUGUCUUCACCUGACUGCUCCACAUCUGGCUGUGAGUACAGACCCUCUUCCUCCUCCACAUCUGCCGGAGCAGCCUCCUGUAGGCCCUGACUUUGAUUCCAGCGACAGUGAGUACAACGUCGACCCUGAACCUGAUCCCACCAUUGAUAUCAAACCAGUUCACCGUUUCAUUCCUGAUUCCUGGAAGAGCUUCUUCAGAGUCAGCAGUCGCAGCAGCAAGACGCUGUGCUCCAUGCCUGUAUCCUCCUCUAACAACAACAACAACAGAACAACAGACGGCGUGCGCUGUUCCCCUCCACACUCCCCAUCUCUUCCUGGAUCAUACCAGGACCCCCACAGUGGCUCGGGUGGCAGCUACAACUCCCGUAAAGAGCUUCUCGGAGGACAGGGAGGGUCAGUGUCGGGGCGUACACACCACACAGGUCUGACUUACAGCGAGCAGGUGGAGCAGUACCACCAGCGCUAUGGCUACAUGAAGUCAUGGGCGGGGCUUCUGAGGAUUCUGGGCUGUGUGGAGCUACUGCUGGGAGCUGCCGUGUUCGCAUGUGUCUGUGCUUAUAUCCACAAAGAUAAUGAAUGGUUCAAUAUGUUCGGAUACUCGUCUCCUGGAGGAAGUUUUGGGCCUGGGUAUGGCUCUGGAUUUGAUGGAUCCUACUACACCGGGCCCAAGACCCCAUUUGUGCUGGUGGUGGCAGGUCUGGCCUGGCUGGUGACUGUGAUCCUGCUGGUCCUGGGGAUGACCAUGUACUACCGCACCAUCCUGCUGGACUCCUCCUGGUGGCCUCUGACAGAGUUCAUCCUAAACCUGGCUCUGGCAGUGCUGUACAUGGCAGCAGGUGUCGUUUACGUUCGGGACACCAAUCGUGGAGGGCUUUGUUUCUACCCGUACUUCAACAACGGCAUCAAUGGGAUGUUCUGCCGAGUGGAGGCGGGUCAGACUGCAGCCAUUGUGUUUCUGUUUGUCACUAUGAUUGUGUAUCUGAUUGGAGCCAUUGUGUGCCUCAAGCUGUGGAGGCAUGAAACUGCACGCAGGUACCGGGAGAGGUACGGCCAAGAGCCAUCUGAGAUGCGAGCUGUGAUGACAACAGAUUCUGCUCCAGUUCCUAGAAAUCCAGAGCAGGUUAAGAGUUCUUCAGUGGUUCCCAUCCAAGCGCCACUAAAAACAGUUCCCAAAAAGCUUGUACAAGGAACAAUACCAUCAGGAUACAUCCCCAAACCUGUCAUUGUGCCUGAUUACAUUGG